AUGAGCCCCAUCAGAAUGGAACUCUCUCAAAGGGAGCUUAUAUUAUACCAUCAGCCUCUUCAUCACUUCACCUCUCAUCUGCAUCUUUCUCAUCUUUUCUUCAUUUCUGUGAUAGAAUUAGCCAUGCUUGUGGGAGGUGUUUCAGUUGUUUCUCUCUUAGGGUCGUCAGGGGAGGGUCUUGGAAGUCCUCUUUUUGGUAGCUUCGGCUCUUCUUCCUCUUGUACUUCUCGGUGGCUGAGGAGAAGAGGGAAUAAUGGAUUGGUGGUGAGGGGAUCAGGGGAGAGAAGUAAUGAGUUGUCGACUAGUAGAGUGGUAUUUCAGCCGUUUGAAGAGUUGAAGAAGGAGGAUUUUCUUGUUCCGAUUUCUGCUCAACAUUCGCUUGCUCGCCAAGGCUAUUCCGAGGAGUGUGAAGCAGCCAUUAAUGAACAAAUCAAUGUGGAAUACAAUGUGUCUUAUGUGUAUCAUUCGAUGUUUGCAUACUUCGACAGGGACAACAUUGCUCUCAGGGGCCUUGCCAAAUUCUUCAAGGAGUCAAGUGAAGAAGAAAGACAGCAUGCUGAGAAACUGAUGGAAUACCAGAACAAAAGAGGAGGAAAAGUAAAGCUACAUCCUGUGCUGAUGACCCCUUCAGAGUUUGAUCAUGCUGAGAAGGGAGAUGCAUUGUACUCUAUGGAGCUAGCAUUGUCAUUGGAGAAGUUAACAAAUGAGAAACUCCUGCUCCUGCACAGUGUGGCAGAUCGAAACAAUGAUCCCCAGUUGACAGAUUUUAUUGAGAGCGAGUUUUUGACAGAGCAGGUUGAAGCCAUCAAGAAGAUCUCAGAAUAUGUUGCCCAACUGAGAAGGGUUGGAAAGGGACAUGGAGUGUGGCACUUUGAUCAAAUGCUCCUCGAAGAGGGUGGUGCAGCAUGAUGAAGCCUCAUAGUGUCAGUUCUCUUUCUUGGUCAGUCUUAGAUUUCAGGAGCGGCUUUCAGCAGUGUGGCACUUCACAUAUGGAGUUAUUUACAGUAUAGAAUAAAGCUGUUAGUUGCAUUGCUUUCACCUAGUAGAGAAAAUAUUCAAUCAAAGUUUCAGUUGCAAGCUCGACAGGCUUUUCGCUUCUGAUAGUUUAUGGGAACAAUAAAAGAGUUUAAGCAUCUUAGAAUGAUGCUCGAUACUCCUACUCCUAUUUGCCCAUGAAUUGUAUCAACUAUUUUUAUAAAUGCCAAAUUUGAUUAGAA